UGAACGAAAGACAGAAAAAUGUACAGGAUGUGAAACGAAACUGAAACAGUGAUGUCCAUGUAUGGAGCUUCCUCUUGAAACUUUUUAUCUGAAGGAAACUGAGACGCAGCAGCAGUCCUGGACGAACUGGGAGAGAGGGUCACCAACAUAAGAGAUGCAGUACCAGUGGGCUGAAGAUGACUUUCUGCCAGUGGGGGUGCUUCGACUGGAGAGUGAAAGUCCUGUUAGACACAGAAGAUACGUCAUGUACCACGGCACCACCAGAAAGAAUGCUCAGAGCAUCAUGGCGUCAGGCUUUCGACAGUCUGCAGGCGGGAUGCUCGGUCGAGGCGUCUACCUCAGCAGAGACCUGCAGAAAGCGAGCCGCUAUCCCCUGAAAUACCCUGACUGGGACAAGGUCGUCCUUAAGGUUGUGGUGAAUGUGGGAGAAGUGGUUGUCAUCAACUAUCAGCACCACCCGCUUCAGAAGACCUGGCAUGAUGCAGGAUAUGACACCGCCUGGGUGCCGCCCAACUGUGGGAUGGUGCCGAGCGGCUUGGAGGAGAAUUGUGUCUGGGAUCCUAACAGAAUCCAGAUCAUCAAAGCCAUUGAACCACAGCCAGUGCCACAUGGCUAUGGUGCAUAUGGCUACAACACAGCGACUCAAACAGAAAUGCAGUACCAGUGGGCUGAAGACGACUUUCUGCCAGUGGGGGUGAUUCGACUGGAAACUGAAAGUCCUCAGAAUGACAAAACCUACGUCAUGUACCACGGCACCACCAGAAAGAAUGCUCAGAGCAUCAUCAAGUCAGGUUUUCAACAGUCUGCAGACGGGAUGCUCGGUCAAGGUGUCUACCUCAGCAGAGACCUGCAGAAAGCGAGCCGCUAUCCCCUGGAAGAACGAGAGCAUAACAGGGUCGUCCUUAAGGUUAGGGUCAAUGUGGGAGAAGUGGUUGUUAUCAACUAUCAGCACCACCCGCUUCAGAAGACCUGGCAUGAUGCAGGAUAUGACACCGCCUGGGUGCCGCCCAACUGUGGGAUGGUGAAGAGCGGCCUGGAGGAGAAUUGUGUCUGGGAUCCUAAACGAAUCAAGAUCAUCAAAGCCAUUGAACCACAGCCAGUGCCACAUGAGAUGCAGUACCAGUGGGCUGAAGACGACUUUCUGCCAGAUGGGGUGUUUCGCCUGGAAACUGAAAGUCCUCAGAAUGACAAAACCUACGUCAUGUACCACGGCACCACCAGAAAGAAUGCUCAGAGCAUCAUGGCCUCAGGCUUUCGACAGUCUGCAGAUGGGAUGCUCGGUCGAGGCGUCUACCUCAGCAGAGACCCAAAAAAAGCGAGCCGCUAUCCCCUGAACUACCCUGACUGGGACAAGGUCGUCCUUAAGGUUAGGGUCAAUGUGGGAGAAGUGGUUGUAAUCAAUAAACAGCACCACCCGCUUCAGAAGACCUGGCAUGAUGCAGGAUACGACACCGCCUGGGUGCCGCCCAACUGUGGGAUGGUGCCGAGCGGCCUGGAGGAGGAUUGUGUCUGGGAUCCAAACCAAAUCACAAACAUUCAAGUCCUCGGACGAAAUGCAUUCCCAGUCCAUGCCCCAUUCCCAGUCCAUGCCCCAUUCCCAGUCCAUGCCCCAUUCCCAGUCCAUGCCCCAUUCCCAGUCCAUGCCCCAUUCCCAGUCCAUGCCCCAUUCCCAGUCCAUGCCCCGUUCUCAGUCCAAACCCUGUUCCGAGUCCAAGCGCCGUUCCCAGUCCAAGCCCUGUUCCCAGUCCAAGCUAAAGUCCAAGGCCCAAUACCAGGCCCAUGUUUCUGUAGAUGUGGUAUAUGUGGCUACAAGUGAACUGUAAAUCUGUACGUUCAAAUGUAUGUUUAUAUAUUUGGAUAAAAAUAAAUGACACUGAAUUUUGUAACUGUAUCCCUAUAACCUGGAAAUUAAAUGUGUCAUGAAUCUGA